AUGAACUCGCUAGUAACUGACACACCUUUAGCUGAAAUCAGACCCAAACUACUAGAAUCUAAAGCUUUCCAUUUGAAUCAUUUGGAAAACAUUAAUACCCCCGAUGAAGAAUUACAAUAUAGAUUGCAAUUGUUACGUGAUUUAUAUUUUGUAAUUAAAGAUAAUGAAUCUGCAAUUACAGAUGCGCUGAUCAAGGAUUUUCAUAGGUCAAAGACUGAAACCUACCUUCUAGAAAUAUCGACUCUUUUGAAUAAUAUAACCCUUUUGAUUGCUAAUUUACCCAAAUGGUUUAGUCCCGUUAAGAAAAGUGCUGGUUGGUCCUCAGUCGCCUUUUUAUUCAGUCACGUUAAAGUUGAAAGAAUCCCUCUUGGUACCGUCUGCGUUAUAAGUCCAUGUAACUUCCCUGUUUUGUUAUCUAUUGACCCCAUUGCCAGCGCACUAGCUGGUGGUAACAGUGUCGUUUGGAAACCUUCAGAAUUAACACCACAGACCUCAGCCUUAUUAACCAGACUUUUAACAGAAAAGUUUGGUACAGGUUCUAGAAAAGGCCUCUUGAACAUAGUUUGUGGUGGUGUUCCGGAAACCACAGAAUUAUUGAAAAAUACUGAUUUAAUGGACAAGAUUUUUUAUACUGGUUCAACAAAAGUGGGUAAAAUUGUUAGCAAAGCAGCUGCUGAAAAUUUGGUACCAGUUACUUUAGAACUGGGUGGGAAAUCACCAGUUUUUGUAACUGAACAUUUUAACAAAAAAGAUUUAACAACCAUUGUAAAAAGAAUCUUUUUUGGAGCUUUUUCCAAUAGUGGUCAAGUAUGUGUUGCCUGCGAUUAUCUAUUGGUCCACGAGUCCAUAUAUGAUAUUUUUUUAAUGAAGGCUAAAGAAAUUUUUGAUCAAUUUUAUAAAGAUAUUGACAGCGAGGCGGAAUUUACUCAUUUGAUUAAUCGCGCUGCCUAUAAUAAAAUACAAGAUAUUCUACAAAAAACUGAAGGUGACAAGUAUUCUAUUCCGGGUAUCAACUCUGAUGAAAAGACAUUGUUUGUGCCACCCACUUUGAUCUUUGAUGUUACCUGGGACGAUUCCUCAAUGUUGGAGGAGAAUUUUGGACCCAUAUUGCCCAUUCUCAAAUAUUCCAAUCUAACUGCAACUUUAAAGAACAUAGUUGAAAAGCAUGAUACUCCAUUAGUCCAGUAUAUUUAUUCAAAUAAUGAAACUGAAAUCCAAUAUAUCUUGAGAAUGUUGAGAAGUGGCGGCUGUUCUAUCAAUGAUUCAUUAGUACAUGUAGGUUUUCCAGAUGCGCCCUUUGGCGGCAUUAAAAAUAGUGGAAUUGGCGGAUAUUACCACGGUGAAGAUGGCUAUGAUUGUUUUACUAAUAAAAGGACUAUCUUCAAACAGCCCUUCUUCGUUGAUAAAUUGACGUUGGAUGCCCGGUACCCUCCUUACGGUGAUUCAAAGAUAAAACUUUCUAAAUUGGCUAUGGAACCAUCUAUUUGGUUUAAAAGAACUGGCGAUGUUCCCACUCAUACCAAAUCGUUUUUAUUAAGGGGUGGCAUCAGCAUCCUGGUUCUGUCUGCUUCGUUAUUGGUUUAUUUUUUUUUUAAAAGAACAAGUUAA